AUGACUGACAAGUUGAAAAUAUUUGAAAAUAAUGAUUUAGAUAAAUUAUAUUCAAUAGCUUUAAAAUUAUGGAAUCAAAAAAUAUUUGAUUAUUAUUUAACAAAUCAACAAUUAAUUAUCCUAGAACAAAUUUUCAAUAAUCCAUAUCAUAGUAAAGAUUAUUUCAAAGCUUUCCUUAGCUCAAGAAUUCAUUUAAAAUUUACUAAAGUUGAUAAUAAUGAUGGUGAUACAAAUGAUAAUGAUAAUAAUACCCCAACCACCACUAGUAAUGACAUUGGUACUCCAUCUAUGAAAAAAGAAGAUUCUAUCAAACAAGAAAAUAAUCAAGAUCAACAAUUAGAAUCAAGUUUAAAUGAAUCUUCAUUGAUUGAUGGUGUUGAACCUGCAAGAUCUUUAUCUUUAAAAAUUCGUUAUAUUCUUUGGGAAAAAGCUAUUGAUGUUUAUUAUAAUGAUGGUAAUAUACAAGAAUAUGAAAUAUUUGGUGAAGAUGAUGAAACUGAUACAAAACAGUUGGAAUCAAAACAACAAAAUGUUGAUAUACAAGAACCUAAACAAACCAGAGAUAUUGAUGAAGAUGAUGAUUAUGAUGAUGAAGAAGAAGAAGAAGAAGAACAAAAAAAAGAAGACCAAGUCAUAACAAAAGAUUCACCUCAGGAAGGUGAAGAAAUUGAUCUGGAUGAUGAUGGAAAUAUUAUAUUAUUAGUACCCAUUGCAACAAAUGAUACUUCUCAAUUAGAUAAUAAAAUUUUAAUUGAUAAUUUUAACAAGAUUUAUCAUAAUUUUGAAAAUGAUCGUGAAACUUUAAUUAAAAGAAGAAAAUUAGAAGAAAAUGAUAAAUUAUUAGAAGAUCAAUCAAUUAAUAACCCUACACCCAAUAAUAAUGAUAAAUCAAAUCAAUCAAAUAAUUCAUUUGCUAUAAAUUUAGGUGCUGCAAAUCUUUCAUUAAAACAUCUUUUACAAUCAAUUGAUCAGAAUAAAGAAAAAUUAAAUUUACAAGAUAAUGAAUUAAGACAAUUAAUUAUGGAUGUUCGUAAAAAUAGAUCAAAAUGGGCUUCUGAUGAUAAAAUUGGUCAAGAAGAAUUAUAUGAAGCUUGUGAAAAAGUCAUCAUGGAAUUAAGAGGUUAUACUGAACAUUCCACGGCUUUUUUAAAUAAAGUUAGUAAAAGAGAAGCUCCAAAUUAUUUACAAAUUAUUAAAAAACCAAUGGAUUUAAAUACAAUUUUAAAAAAAUUAAAAAAUUUCCAAUAUAAAUCCAAAACAGAAUUUGUUGAUGAUGUUAUGUUAAUUUGGAAAAAUUGUUUAACUUUUAAUUCUGAUCCAAAACAUUUCCUUAGAGCUCAUGCUAUUGCAAUGCAAAAAAAAUCAUUAACUUUAAUUCCACUUAUCCCUGAUAUUACUAUAAAAGAUAGAUCUGAAGUGGAAAUUGAAAAUGAAGAUAAUUCUACACCUAUACCUUCAUCAAAUAAGGGUAAAACUACAGGUUCUUCCAAAAAAGGUACUAAAAGAACAAGAUCUGGUGAAGAGAAACCUAAAGAAGAAACACCACUUCCAACAGCAACAGCGGAUCAACAACAAAGUGAAGUUUCUACUCCAUUACCUCAAGAUUCAACUAAAGAUAAUAAUCAAACAACUGAUGCUUCUACUACAACUCUAAAUCAAAGUAAUGUUUCAACACCUAAUCCAAAUGCUCCAAUAACCCAAGGAACACAAGGAACCCAAGGAAACACUUCAACAGUUCAAGCUGAUACAACUGAAUUAGAUGAUGAAGAACAAGAUGAUCAAAAUUCAAAUGAAUAUUUAAAUCAAGAAGAUAAUGAUAAAGAUGAUUUAGAAAUUCAAACUUGGAAAAAUUUAACUGCAAAAACUAGAGCAAAUUUUUGUUCCAAGAGAUCAAAUUUAUUUGAAAAUAAUAAAUUAAAUAUUGAAAAUGAUGCAAUCCUUAGGGAUUCUACCAAAAUGAGUAAUUUCCAAUCUCAUUUGAAAAAUCAUGUUGAAAUUAAAAAUCAAUCUUUGAAUAAAUCUAAUAAUGGUAGAAAUCAAGAAUUGGAUGAUUUAUAUUUAAUUGAAUAUGAUGUUACAGGUGGUUUACCCUCGAUCCCAUAUAAAGGUAUUGAUGAAGAUGAAUUAGAUAAACAAGAAUCAAAAUUAAUUGAUAAAGUACUUGCUGAUGGUUUAAAACCUUCAGAAUUUGCACCAAAAAAUGGUGGAUUAAAUAAAAUUAUAAAUGAAAAUAUUGAAGAAAUGCAAGAAAUUAGAAAAAUUUGUUUUAAAAUUUCUUUAAUUAGACAAAUGCAACAACAACAAUUUGUUCAUCAUACACAAUUAAAACCACCUGAAUUUGAAAAAAUUAAUGAUUCAAUUGAUUUAGAUCCAAUAUCAAGAUUAGAUAAUCAUGAUAAAUUUAAUAAAGAUUUAAUUUAUUUUGUAAUGAGGAAAAAAAUUUCUAAAAUUGCAAUGCAAAAUGGGUUUGAAUCAACUGAAUUAUUUGCCAUAGAUACUUUAACACAAAUUGCUGGAGAUUUUAUGGAUAAUUUAACAAAAUCUAUUAAAACUCAUUUAGAAACUUCAAGUGCAAAUAGAGAACAAAAAUCUAAAAAUGUAUUAUUAUUAUCACUAUUACAAAAUGGUUUAAAUAAACCUGAUGAUUUACAUACUUAUGUUGUGGAGAAUGUCUUGAAACAAAAUGGGAAAUUAAAAGAUUUAAAAUUAAAAUUAUCACAAUUUUUAAAAAGUUUAUUAAGACCUGCAAUGGAAAUGAAUGAAAAAAAUUUUAAUGAUAAUAGUGAUCAAUUUUUAUCAGGAGAUUUUUCAAAUGAAAUUGGUGAAGAUUUUUUCGGUUUUAAAGAAUUAGGAUUAGAUAAAGAAUUUGGAAUGUUAGGAAAUUCAUUACCAUUACAUUUAUUACAAUCAAAAUUUAAUGAAUCAAAUACAAGUGAUGAUUUGAAAAAAAUUCAUCUUGAAGAAUUUGAAAAUGCACCAUUUAAAAGAAUUCAACAAGAUGAUAUUCAACAAGAAAUUGGAAUUUUCCAAAAAUUUUUAAAUGAUUGUGUUACCAAAACAAAACAUUAUCAUUCAAAACAAUUAAAAUCUAAAAAAGAAGUUAAUGAAUAUUUAAAUACUGUUAAAAAUGUAACGAUAAUGGAUGAUGAAGAUUAUCCUAAAAAGCAAAAUAAACCAAAAUUACCACCAACUGGGAAGAUCACACCUUCAAAGAGAAAAAUAACACCAACUACUUUCUUUUUACCAGAAGAGGAUGAGAAAAAGGAAACAGAUGAUACAAAUCAAUCAAGUUUGAAUACAAUAAAAGAAGAAUCUAAUCAAGAUGAUUAUGAUCAAGAUGUUGAUGAUGAUUCUGAAUUUAAAAUCAAAUCUGAAUUAAAUACUUCAAUGAAUGGUGGAUCUCCUUUGAUGACUGGUUCUCUUGGUCUUGAUUCUGAAUUGUGA